AUGGCACAACCAGACCUUACUUCCCACCAUGUCAACUACCUAAUAUGGAGCCGUCGCGCCUGUGCGGCCCCGAAUCUCUUAGAAGCUCUGAACUCCCUGAAUCUUGAUCCUCCUAACAAAUUCUUGUCUUACACAGGUCAUGGCGAAGCUGCUGUAUCACUGCAGCGUGGGUGGUAUCAUGAUCCACAGUCACUACCUUUUGCGCGUCACAUUAAAACCCACGCGCUAGUGUCGCUGGUCCAAAAGGGCCUUCUAUAUCAUGAACUCGAGUCCUCUAUUGACAAGGAGGGCAAUCCGAUUUCAUUUACGCCAGAAGCAUAUUUUUUCGGGCCGGAGCCUUUCGAGGCUUCCGCGCUGAAACGCCGGGAGGAGGUGACCGCCGACCUGCCGCAAGAAUCAUCGCGCGACCGGUCCAAUGGCUACUCGGGCGAGGCUCCGCGCAAGCGCAAAGCCGACGCCAAUGGCGACUCCAUGGAUCUCGAUGCAGAGACCGAAAGCAGAGGCUCUCCAGUGCCCGAUCCUGUGGACGGAGACGGGGACGUGAGCAUGGGGGCCGAAGAGGUGCCUCAGGAACCCACCCUCACUCGGGGCACCAGCGUGGGCGUCCAGAUCUCCCCCGCCAAAGCCGCCGAUUUGACUCCCGACACCGCCUGCAUUGACCUCCCAGAUCACGUGGUAAAUAUCGCUUGGCGCCCACAUGACUCGACCGUGUUGGUGGCUGCUGGGGAGUCGGUAUGCAGUCUAUGGAAACUCUCCUUAUCUGCAAACCCGAUUCAGAAAACCAUCCUCGAUGUGAAAAAAAUUCCCGAUUCCUACAUUUCCGCCGUGGCAUGGAAUGGCGGCGGCUCAAAACUGGCGGUGGCUUCGAUGCACCAAAUGAACGCAACCAUCUCCAUGUACAACGAAGAGGGGAACGUGGCGGAUAUGCUUCCUGAUCUUCCGCGUGUGCUCAUCGACGGACAUGUCUUCGGAUUAGCUUGGGCAAGCCCCUAUGAGCUCUAUGCCUGCGGGCACGGAGCUGUCUAUCAAUGCCGCGUGGAUGACAACAUUCACCUCACCAACACAUUCAAAUCACGCGAAGGCGAUGAACCCUGGACUUUUAUCCGUUGCACUCAAACAGCACAAGGCCCCGUUGCCGUAGUAGCGAGCUCAGAGAAAACCUCAAUUUGGAUCCCGACCCAUGAUAUUGUGAUCGAGAAUGCGCACAUAGAACCCAUUACGGCGCUUGACAUUCGGCCCCAGUCCCUGGCUCAGCGCAAAUCUGCCCCCAUGACACGAAAGCCUCAAAUCACGAUUGCUUCGUGCUCCAUCGAUUGUACGGUCAAUGUAUGGCAAGUGGAGCUAGACUCAUCGAAGGUCCCCGAGCGCAUUCAUCGCUUCCGCUUAGGGCUUGAUGUCCCGGCUUUCGCCGGUGGUUUCUCAUCCGACGGCUAUGCCCUCGGUGCAGUGGGCAAAGACCGGCUCUUUAUUUGGAAUGCCGAGCGUGGGGGAGAGCCCAUGGCAACCUGGACUGCGCCGAGUUCCGAUGAGCCAAAUGAAUCAGUGACGGAGGGCGAGCACACAAAUGGCCAGAAUGGCCAUUCGCCACCAAAUACCGACCGGGCUCUCUCGUGGGACCAUGACGGCAAGAAGCUAGCUUUUGGUUUUGGAAAAAAGGUCAGUUGUCUCCAGAUCGUAUUCCCGCUCUUGCUCCUUGCUAACAUUAUGCAGAUGGCCAUUGUUAAUCUCCAACGAUGA